CUCCUGUCAGGUUCUCGUACUCUCAGUUAGGUUGCACCUUGAGAUCCUUCCCCCAGAGUUCGGUUGGAGUCACUCUAUAAAUGUCCCCGGGAGUUUCCGAAAUCCACACUCGGUGACUUCAACUGAACAAUGGUUAACAUGAGCUAUCACCAAUCUCUACAAAAACACACACAAACCCUGAAUCCGAAACAGCCGAGGAAAAGAAAUAAUAAAAAGAAAAGGAAUUAUUGGGACAAAAUAUCGCCACCAACUCACAUUCAAACUUGAUUGACAAGAGACACUUUAAAGUUUAUGUAUUUUUUCUGGGUCAGGUCUGGUGUGCUAGGUGUGGGAGCAUAUCGUAUUGUGUCUGUGGAUAGCGACUGAUUGGUGCGAUGACUGCGGAGUGGCUGUACCCCCCUGGUGUGGGGCCGCUAUGUGGUGCAGAGUUGGAGGCGUGGUAUGAAGACCUACAGGAUAUACUGGGCUCCGACGCAGGCGGGGCCAAACUUACGCGAGCCCCGCCUUGCUCCGAGAAGGAGCCCGAGUUUCUGGAUGUGUUGGAGAGCUGCUCGCUCACCUGGUUGACGGAGGGGCAGGUAUGGGGCGACGGUGUGCAACGCGUCACCGACGACCCGCCGCCGACGCCUCCGCGACAGGAGGACCGGAGAGGCGGCGAUUCGGAGCACACCUCGUCCGGAGGAGACCUGCUUCCGCCCGAGUUCUUCGAGCUCCUCAGCGAAGGAGGCGUGGGGUCGGUGGAAACGAUGGUCAGCGGCGGGUACCACCUCCACCCGCCUCCGUCUCCGGCCGCCAGCGAGGAGGAGCUCCCUACGGUUCCCGACACGUCGUCCUGCUCCUCGGCGUCCCGCUCGCCCUCCCUCAACUGCUCCCCUCCGGCGUCCCCUCCCGUCUCCUCGCGGCCGGGCAAGAGAAAGCGAGGGGGCGAGAAAGGAGGCGCGCUGUGCUCGCCGUCCCCGGGGAAGAAGAGCAGAAGAGAGCGCGAGCAGGAGAACGAGAGGAAGGUGCAGGAGCUGACGGAUCAGAACGAGCGCCUCAAAGCCGAGAUCGAGCGAUUGGGAGAGGAGGUGCAGAGGACGCGCCGGGCGCUCAUCGAGAGACUCGUCAACACCAGGAGGUGAAGGAGCAACAGGAAAGAAGGGGUUGAAGGGAAGCGAACAAUUGACCGUGAAAUGCACAUUUAGAAGGAGAUAAAAGACACGUGGGACGGGGGGGAGAGAGGGGAGAGCGUUUCCCACCGAGAGAGAAAGAGAAAGUCAGAUUGAGCCGUAAAGAAAAGGAGGAAUGCGGAGCCCAACGGAAACACGACCCGGUCGAACCUCAUCCAAAACCAAUUAGAUUUUUCAUAAAGCUUUAUUCAGUAAAUUAAAAUUACUAAUAUAAUGUUUUUAAAGCAUUUCAAUCAGGCCAAUUCUACUAUGAUAAAUGUUAAAAAUAUCAAAAGCAAAUAUGAAAUUCGAUAAAUGAGAAAAAGCCUGAUUUUACGAAGUUAAAAUUAAAAUGACCAUAAUGUGUUUUUUAAAAAAAAAAAUCAGGAAAAAUUAAAAGCAAGUACUAAUAUAGUGUUUAAAUCUUAAAAUUUAACGAAUGACACUAUGAAUAAAUUAAAGAAUGAGAUUGCAUUAAAGCAAUAAAAAUAUCAAAAGCAAAGAAGAAAUUAGAUAAAUUAGAAAACGAAGGUUUUUACCUCCAUAAAACGACUGUAAAACAAAUACAAAUAUUUUUUAAAUUAUCAAAAGAGGACACAAAUUAAAGAAUGAUAUCGCAAAUGAUAAUAAAAAUAUUGAAAGCGGAUAUGAAAUUAUAUAAAUGAAAAAAAUAAAGCCUAAUUUUUUUCAGUAAAUUAAAAUGACCAAUGCAUUUUUUUUAAACAUUUAAAUCAGCAAAAAUUUAAGGCAAGUACUAAUAUGGCGUUUAAAUGUUACGAAUCAAUUAAAGAAUGAGAUUGCAUUAUAGCAAUAAAAAUAUCAAAAGCAAAUAACUUUUUACAAACACAAAACGACUGUAAUCAGCAAAAGACAGUAAAACAAAUACAAAUAUUUUUAAGAUUAUCAAAAGAGAACACAAAGUAUGAGAUAUUUUGCAUUACAGUAAUAAAAAUGCAGUAUGCAAUUAACUUAUGAAAAAAAAACACCUUUAUUUUAAGCAAAAUAUAACUUCCGAAGACCGGUUUCCUCGAGAUUCACCUGGUGAUAUCGCAAACGCUUGGUUUAAGCACCAAAUCUUAUUAAACUACCCAAAGUUAAUCAACUUUCUGUGUAAUUGAAAGCUGAUUGUUCGUCUGUGGAGAGGAGUCUGUAGGGAAUGUAGCAGAGACGAUGGAAGAAACGGCAGAACUGCAAUAAAAAGGAAGUAGAAGAAGCAACGUGAUUGUAUCAGUAACAUGAUUGUAGAAGCGAAUGGAGGUGUGUUUCACUGUAACCAGCCUGCUCUGAUUGGUCUAAUGUGUUAAUGACAGGGCUUUUAAACGUGUCAAUGACAGAGAUUAGUAGCUCAGGACUGUUAUUCUGAACGAUUGUGAGCCGUUUCUCUCUGCGCUCACCAUCAACCCGAGGCCUCUAAGUGUGAGUGUGUGUGUGUGUGUGUGUGUGUGUGUGUGUUGAGAUGAAGGGGAAGAUUAUGAUGAAUGGCGAUUUUGCUCUCACUUAUUUCUCUUGAAACUUUUUCAGAAUUUUUAGAACUAGCAGUUUAUAACACUCUCUGCCUCUGAUCUAUGCCUAUUUUUCUAUAUGUGUAUCACAUGAUCAUCAUUACAUGUAAUCAUUUACCUUCCUAAUGUUAAAAUAAACAUGCAUGCCGAAUUACUGUAUUAGCGUAGCAAAUUUUUAUUUAGCCUUACUUAAUAUGGACUUGUAUUACACACAUUUUGUUAUUAAAGUUUUUUAAAAUGAA